AUGCUUAGAUUGAAAAAGAAAAAACAAGCCAAGCAAAAUGCAGAGACAGGGUCAGCUGCAGCUCCUAGGAGUCAGACUGGAAAAGACGAUGCUAAUACGUUCAUUUCAGAACAAGACAAGUGCAACAUCGCUGCAGAAGAGGAGGAAUAUAUGGCCGAUGAGAAAAAGAAGAGAAAAAACAAUCAGUUAAAGGAGAUCCGACGGACAGAAUUGAAGAGAUACUACAGUGUUGAUGACAAUCAGAACAAAACACAUGAUAAAAAAGAAAAGAAGAUGGUAGUCCAGAAGCCACAUGGUACCAUGGAGUACACUGCGGGAAGCCAGGAUACCCUCAACUCCAUAGCACUGAAGUUUAACAUCACCCCGAAUAAAUUAGUAGAACUGAAUAAACUUUUCACUCACACCAUUGUUCCAGGCCAGGUCCUUUUUGUGCCAGAUGCCAACUUCCCUGCCAGUACCUUAAGGUUAUCAUCAUCUAGCCCUGGUGCUACUGUCUCUCCUUCAUCAUCAGAUGCAGAAUAUGACAAGCUGCCUGAUGCUGACUUAGCAAGAAAGGCCUUAAAACCCAUUGAACGAGUUUUAUCAUCUACAUCUGAGGAAGAUGAGCCAGGAGUCGUAAAAUUUUUAAAAAUGAAUUGUCGAUACUUCACUGAUGGAAAGGGUGUAGUUGGAGGCGUCAUGAUUGUCACUCCCAACAACAUCAUGUUCGACCCUCACAAGUCCGAUCCUCUGGUAAUUGAAAAUGGGUGUGAGGAGUACGGCCUCAUCUGCCCCAUGGAAGAGGUGGUUUCCAUUGCCCUCUACAACGACAUUUCCCACAUGAAGAUCAAAGAUGCCCUGCCCUCUGACCUACCUCAGGAUCUUUGUCCUCUGUACAGGCCUGGAGAAUGGGAAGACCUAGCUUCUGAAAAGGAUAUCAACCCCUUCAGUAAGUUUAAAUCUCUUAAUAAGGAAAAACGGCAGCAGAAUGGAGAAAGAGCCAUCAGUACAGAUGCCAAAUCAACAAGACCUUUGGAAAAGUCAGCUGAUGAUAGACCUGUGAAGUCCUCAGUCAGCCCUGUAUCAGGAAAAUUAGAGAAACUCAAGCCCUCCCUAGAGGCAACCAACAGAUCUUCCACAGUGACUGGAGUCAGCAAGAAACCUCCUGACACUGCUUUUGACUCUACAGCCAAAGAAAACUCUCUGUUAGUGGAAGAUGAUGACUUUGUUGACUUAGAGGAACUUUCGUCUCAAACUGAGAGUGGGAUGGACAAAAGAGAUAAUGCAAAGGAGUGCCUUGACCCAGAGGAUCUAAGGAAAGCUAAGUCACAAAUAAUUAGUUCUGCUACAGAAAAACAGAUGCAGUCAACCCUGAACUUUUCAGGAGCAGAGAAUGAUGCUGAACUCAAGGGGGCCUUAGAUUUAGAAGCCUGUGAAAAGCAAGAUAUAAUGCCAGAAGUGGACAAGCAAUCUGGCUCCCCGGAAAACCAAGUGGAAAACACACUGAACAUACACAAAGAUUUAGAUAAAGUUAAACUUAUUGAAUAUUACCUUAAUAAAAACAGAGAAGGGUCACUGUCCCCAGAAGACUUGCAGAAGACAGAAUUAAGUGACGACAAAAGUACUGGACCCCUAGGAAUAGACAUUACUCUUAGCAGUUCUCUUCCCCAGGCAAAUGAUCUUCCAACUGAGGGAAAUAAAAAGCCAGAUAAAACCUGGGUGAAAGAGAUCCCACCUCUUCCUCUGCAACUGGGCCCUUCUACAGAAGAAAAUAUCAUUAAAGAGUCCCAAGACUCCUCUUUGGAAUCUUCUCUGGACAACAGCUGCCAAGGUGCACAAAUGGAUAAUAAAUCUGAAAUUCAGCUGUGGCUAUUAAAGAGAAUUCAGGUACCCAUUGAAGAUAUACUUCCUUCAAAAGAAGAGAAAAGCAAGACUCCUCCCAUGUUUCUGUGCAUCAAGGUGGGAAAACCAAUGAGAAAAUCCUUUGCCACGCACACUGCCGCCAUGGUCCAGCAGUAUGGCAAACGAAGAAAACAACCCGAGUACUGGUUUGCCGUUCCUCGGGAGAGAUUGCAGACUAUAGUGGUCACCAUGAGAGUUCGAAGACUACCCCUGGACAUUCAGAUUCUCUAUUGUGCCAGACCUAACCAGGAACCUUUCGUGAAGAUCAUCACCGUUGAAGAGGCGAAGCGCAGAAAGAGCACGUGCAGCUACUAUGAGGAUGAAGAGGAGGAGGUGCUUCCGGUCCUGCAGCCGCACAGCGCGCUCCUGGAGAACAUGCACAUAGAGCAGCUGGCCCGACGUCUUCCAGCACGGGUGCAGGGAUAUCCGUGGAGACUUGCAUAUAGCACAUUAGAGCAUGGCACCAGCUUGAAGACUCUCUAUCGGAAGUCAGCAUCACUAGAUAGUCCUGUCCUACUGGUCAUCAAAGAUAUGGAUAAUCAGAUUUUUGGAGCAUAUGCAACUCAUCCUUUCAAGUUCAGUGACCAUUACUAUGGCACGGGUGAAACUUUUCUCUACACUUUCAGCCCCAAUUUCAAGGUCUUCAAGUGGAGUGGUGAAAACUCAUACUUCAUCAAUGGAGACAUAAGCUCUUUAGAACUUGGUGGUGGAGGAGGACGAUUUGGCUUAUGGCUAGAUGCUGAUUUGUACCAUGGUCGAAGCAAUUCCUGCAGCACUUUCAAUAAUGAUAUUCUUUCUAAAAAGGAAGAUUUCAUAGUUCAAGACCUAGAGGUAUGGACAUUUGAGUGA